AUCACCGCCUCACUGACCGGCGCGCAAUCGGAGCUUCAGCCCGGUUACCGAGCGCACACUGAGCCUCACCGCCUGCUCUUCUCAUCGCUUCAGCCUCUUUGAACGUUUUUGCCUCCUCCGUUGGAAGAUCCCCAUCCAUCUGCGUCUCCCUCCCAAUUCAUCAGUAUUUCAGUCGCUUCCUUCGCCCAUCUCUUCAGCAUGUCGCUUAAGGUCCAGACCAGCAAUGUGACCAACAAGACAGAUCCAAAGUCCAUCAACUCCCGGGUGUUUAUCGGCAACCUGAACACAGCAGUGGUGAAGAAGUCAGACGUGGAGAGCAUAUUCUCCAAGUAUGGCCGGGUGUUGGGCUGCUCCGUGCACAAGGGCUACGCCUUUGUCCAGUACGCCAGUGAGAGGCACGCCAGGGGCGCUGUGAUCGGGGAGAACGGCAGGGUGCUGGCUGGACAGACACUGGAUAUCAACAUGGCAGGAGAACCGAAGCCAAGAGCCAAAGGCCUGAAGCGAUCAGCAGCUUCUCUAUACAGUGGCUAUGAGUUUGACUACGAUUACUACAGAGAAGACUUCUAUGAUAGGUUGUUUGAGUACCGUGGAAGAGUGUCUCCGGUCCCCCGGGUGGUGCCUGUCAAACGCCCACGUGUGGGGGUGCCUCUGGUACGACGAGUUAAAACACUGCCGGUCAAACUCCUGGCCCGUAACGCCUCUGUCCUCCCCACCAGCAACGGCAACAAACAGAGAUCAGUGAAAGGUACAGAGCUUCAAGCGAUCAAGUCAGAGUUGACUCAGAUUAAAGCCAACAUUGAAGCUUUGCUGGGCAGACUGGAGCAGAUCACAGAAGAAACAUACAUCACCAACACAGAGCUGAGGAAGGCAGAGGAGUGUAAGAGCGAGGAGGCGUGGCAGGAAGGGGAAGAGUCUAGCUCAGAGCUGGAGGAUGAGGAGGAGAACAGACAGAACAGCGAAGCUGAAGAAGAGGAGGAGGAGGAAGAAGAAGAAGAGGGAGAGCACACACAAGACGACAUCCACGACCAUUUGCCGGAGAACAGUCGCCUAUCACCAGAUAUGGACUCCAUUCACCCAUGAGAGGUAGUGUGGACUGUGGAGGAAGAGACAGACAGACAGAAAGGCAGAGACAGAGAAAAUGCCAUGGACAGACAGAGAACUGGAUAACAGCACAGGAAGGCCAACAAACAGCAGGGCACACACGCACACCCACCCACACACAACUGUAAUAACACACAGCAGACAAACUUGACACUGUCAGAGCCACAGGAAGACACUAAAACAGCAGGGUACUGCCAGAACAUAUCAUAAACUGAUGAGUUACACACCGUAACACACACAAAGAAGAAAAAACACACAGUGAUGGAGACAGACCCGGCGCUGUGUCAGAGCCACAGGGAGAUUGUAAAACAGCAGGCUGCUGUCAAAACGCAUCUUAAACUGAUACACACAGACACAGAGAAGAGCUCUGCAGUUGGCGACAGCCAUGUUUGGGAAAACCAGAGCUUUGCUUUACAGGACUUUAAAUCCCAAGACUAAACGGGCAAUAUACUGAGGCAGAGCUUGUUGUUGAUUGGAAAUCGUAGUCUUAGUGUUUAUUCUUUUGAGAUUAAAAUUUAAAUUAAAAAUAAAUCCCAAAGGAAAACUGAUAAUGCACUGUAGGGCUGGACAGAAUAUUUGUACUAUGUUGAUAUGUAAACUGUAUGUACCAUAUUUACAGUGAUCAAAUAAAAAAUCUAAUAUAUAUUUAAUAGGGAACACUCAUUUUUGGAUAUAUCAUUUCAGAAUUAUUUCAGAAUAAAUUUAAUAAAUUUCCUGGAAAGAAUAAUGUAAUGUUUAUUAAUGAACUACUAAGAUUGUUUUACUGAUACACUUUUAAUUAAUUAAUUAAUUACAACAGCACAACCAGUCAAUGCACAGAAGCUCAGCUCAUAAAUUUGUCUACAAGUAAUCACAAAAGUCAUCACAAUGUAUAUGCAAUGUUUCCACUUAUAAAUACUGUAGAUAUACACACUAAAAACUCCUGGGUUAAAAAGAAUUACAUCUGUCACAGUGUGGUGCAGGCAGGAGAAGAAGAGGAGGAGUCCAAAGUUCCAAUUCAAACGUUUUACUAAUAAAGUAACUCCAAAAGGUACAGACAGGAUGUACGCACACUAAACAAGACUACGAAGUAGAACGGCCAAAGACUGACUGAACUGAAGGAACUAAAUAGGCUACUAACACAGAUGAACAUUGUUUAACAGAAAACAGGUGGAACAGAUGAUAAUGAUGGUAAUUAACUAAACACAGGUGAUGCAGAUGAACUAAAUGACAGAAACCAUGGAAAGUGAGAGUGGCUGGAAAACAGAACAAAGGAAGACGUGACUAGGGGUGACAAUAUUACACACUUCAAGCACUUUUACAUUUUUAUUGCAUUAACAUUCAAUAACUGGAUUGAACUUAAGGCUUAAAGUCUUCAAACAUUGGUUGUGUCAUGUCAUGUGUGACUUUACACGGACUUUAAACUAGUUAGAUGUACAUGGCAACCGCAGAAUUACCACGGCUAAUGCUAGUCUCAACUUAGCAACUAGCAACGGGGACAUGGACACAGAAAGAAAGUAUACAUUAAAGUAUACAUUACAUCAACACUGAAAAUACUCGCUUACCUUGAAUACACGACAAAUUUGCACUGAAGAAGCACAGGCCAAAAUGGAUCGAGAUUGAAGUGGAGGUUAUUUUAAACGACUGUUGUGAAAAAAUUCUGUGGGGUGGUUGCUAUACAUUCAUGCCAAUAAAGUUCAUUUGAGUUUGAAAGAGAGAAAGCCAACAGAAACCCAAACAACCCAGGAAUUGGGUUAGCCCUAUAAACCACAAAAUGGUUACUCUCUGAAAAACUUACCCAUAAUUUUAACCCAAAACAACUAGCCCAGAAAAUGGGUUGAAGCAAUAACCCAAGAGUUUUUAGUGUGUAUACUUAGGUUUAAAUUGAGCUGUUCUGUCAAGACAGAAAUGUGUUAAAGACCUUAAAGGCCUAAAAACUUUACUUUUAACUUUCACAUAUUUGGCUCUCCUGCUCUAACUGCCGUGAAAUGUAAGAACAAUGGUAAUAAUCAACAGGUAAUUGCAACAGAUGCUAUAUUUACACUCCAAUUGUGCACAAGUAUGAUGAUGAUUCCAGGUAAACACAAAUAAAUGAAAAGGCAGGGGUUCUUGUAGAUAAACCUGAAUCAGAUUGCUAUUGGCAGGUGGUAUCAGGCUUUACAGAAAGACUAACAGUAAAUUGAAGUUUCCCAGGAAAUUAUUUAGAAAAUAUUCAGAAAUUAAGGACUCAAAAAUGAAGUGUUUUUACAUGUGUAAAUCAUAAACGUCAACAAACAAAACCAUUCCAAUGAAUGUUGAUACAUCGAUGACAAUAUUGAAUUGUGGCUGAGCUCUAAUGCAAUGCAUUUAACAACAGGAUAAUGUGAAAAGGGGUCCAAACAGAAGUCUUUCAAACUGAGUUGGAAAUGUUAAUAAAACCUGUUUUUGAAAAGUGUAACAUCAUCACAUAUAAAUGACUGUACAUCCCUUAUAAAGUAAUAAUCAUGUAUUUAAACAGCAAUGUGACUCAGUCCUAUAAUGGAUAGUUUCUCAAUCUUGGGGUCACCUAAAUAUUGCGUCAGGGGAGAGAAACAAAGUGGUAAUAUAUAUUUUAUGAUUCAUUACAAACAUCUACCAAACUUUUAAAAGGGUUCAAAUCAACAAUAAAAAAGAUCAAACUUGCAAAAUGAGGCUUGAAUACAAUAAUAACAAAACCCCUGAUGUUUUACAUAACAACUUCACUAUGUUGAGUCCCAUGCAGUGACCUCUAAACCUUUCUGAAAAUGUGUCUUUGGUUAAAGAUAACAAUUAAUUGCUACCACAAGAACCUCACGAAAAACCAACAUCUGUCAGUAAUUAUAAUUUUGUCAGUCGUUACGUACUUAUUUUAAGUUAUACUAUUAUUAUUGUCCUCGUAGAUAUGAAAGGUUGUGUGUUAAUUUACUUAUUACAAGAGACAUUUUUCUACAUUGGCUACAUUCAUAUUCACAGUAAAGAUCAUACUAGUGGUAGUCCAUUAACUACAAACCACACAUUACUGCUACACUCCAGACAUUUCCAUCAUUCCAGGAAGCCGCUGGUUUUAGUUCAUUUCAGCUAUAUAAAAGUCACUUUUCAGUAGACUUGCAAAUGGCUUUACGAGUAAUUGAGUAUUGGGUUUUUUUUGUUUUUGUUUGGGCGUACACUGCUAUGAUAAUGUUAAUUUGGCCUUUGUUUGUGUAAGAAAGUUUGCUCUUCAGCAACUAACAGCCUCUUUCAGUCCCUGAAAAUAUCUAAGCUAAUCUGCUUCAUCAGGACUGUGUGGGUGUGCUGUGGUCAUAUAAUUGACAGUUGCUUGGCAACAUAAGCAAGCAAUCCUGCAAAAUGACAUAAUAUGCAUGACAUCAACUUUUUCAAGUCCCACCCACUUAAAACCAGUGAGAUCAGGACAGAUAAACAAAAAGUACUGAAAGUCUCUCAUAUGAAAUAACAAAAACUGUUGGCCAGGACUGUUGUCUUCAUGUUUGAGACUGUUGCUCACAGGAAGAAGCUGAUUAAGAAAAUAGGUUUUCAUGGCCUUAAAGUUAACAACCCAGAAUAUGUCAAAUACAUAACUUUAACUAUUGGGUGAAACUGUGUUAUUAUUAAAGUGUAUUAUUAGUAUUAGUAGGCAUUAAUGGUUAUUUUGUAAGUUUGAAAGUCCUCAGUAUAUUGCCACUUCCUCUAUUUAAAAGUUUCACAUAAAGGAAAAGAUGGAAGAAGCUUGGCUACUGUUGAUAAUGUGAAUUUGUCCCUGAAAAUACCUUUUUCUCUCAUUGCAAUUCCUUGUCCCCUUCUGAACCUUUCUUUCUUCCUUCUGUCUUGACUCCCUCUCCCCAGGAUUCUUCUUCACUCCUUCCUUUUCUCUUCUCCAAACGCAUUUACCCGCCACGUUCCCUUUCUGACACCUUCAUCAACAUCUUUUCAUCCUUUUUAUCCUUAUUUACUUUACCGUCCUCUUCAUCUCUCUCCUUCCUUCGUCAUUAUUCUUUCCCUUUCUCUUCUCUUCUUCCACAUAUCUCUUAUUCCUUUGUCCACUUUUCCUAUACCCUUUCAUCUCAACUUCUUCCAUUCCAUUUCAUCUUUCACAAAUAUUUAAUUUGUCAUUUUAUUGUUUCUUUCAUCCCUUUCUUUUCUCUGUUGUCUUCCUUUUUUCUUUACUCUUAUUAGUUAACUCCCUCCUUGUUUUUCCUCUUCCUGAACGUCUCCUCUCCUGUUGAAGAUAAAGAAGUAUCUUCUGAUGACGGUUGAAGUGCUCAACUUCUAGCUAAGUCAAACUAACUUUCUAGCAAUUUUAUCAAAAAGAAGAAAGUAAACAAGCAGAUUUCCCAAUUAAGAUUAUUACUCCAAACUUAACAGAAGGAGUUAGUAGGAGCCAGUGAGGCAGUUCUGAUUUGGGAGUGAAAACAAGUUACAACUCAAAAUGGGAUCUGAUUGUAAAAUCUGUAACAGUCGCCCACUUCUUUGUUUUGCCACUUCUUGGUUCAAUUUAGGAUUGACUAACAAUAUUGACUGCAAGUUUUUUUAAUAUGUUAUGAAGUUCAUCAUUACAUAGGAUAUAUUGUACAUUGUACCUCCUUGUAUAUACUUGUUAUAACCCCAUGAAUAAUCAGCUAUUACAGCAGGUUAAUGAGAAAGUGAGCUACAUCCUACAAUAAAAAGUAAGAACUAUGGUAUUUUUAAUAUAUUGACAGAUUUGGUUCAUAAUUUUUCUUCUUUGACUUUACUUUUCACUCCCAAAUAAGAAGCUCAGGUAUGUUAGAGGAAUCUACCUUUUUCAAACCAGUGUGAGCUCUUGUUUACCUUUAGAUGAAAAUGUAGGCUCUCUCUCUCUCCUCUUUUCUUAGUUCUCUUCCUCCAGUCCUCCUGUUUCUCCUCCCUUCUCCCUCUUCUUCUCAUUGUCACUGUAUUCCCCCUCAUGUUCCUGUUGGAUUUCUACAUGCUGAUGUUAAAUAGUAUUUGCUGUUAUUUUAAAUGACUUGUGCGUAAUGUGCGAUGAAGGUGAUGAUGCUGACUCCUCUGUCUGCACUGAGAGGGUGCCAGAGGCCUUUACAACACAUGUAAAUACUCCAAAUAAAAGCUUGGAACUUGU